CUAGGGUUUUCAAAAAAAAAAUGUCAUCGACUGAAUUUCUCCGUCCAUCAAUCCACAACGGAUUUCACUACACGAAUUCAAAUUCAAAUCUUCUAUAUUUACAUGGCACAAUCUUCUGUCCUAAUAGAUUUCGGGUUUUUCCCCGAGAAACGAACCAGUUUAUCUCCAAUUCAAUCUCCUUCCCUUCGGUUAACCUUUCAAAAGGUUGCCAAACGUUUAAUUUGUGGCCUGGUUUUGGUUUGUUUCAAAAUAAUAAAAAUUUAAGGGAAUUUAGAGUUCUAGCGAGUUCUCAAGAUGGAGAAUCGAGUGAAACGAGCGAGAGUGAGAGUCAGAGUCCAACUCAAUCUCCGCAAAGCACGGGCUCUUCUACGAACCAAAAUAGAGAGAAGCGGAACAAGAGUGACGGGUUUUGGUGGUCAAAGGGGAAGAAGUUUCGGUGGCAACCGAUAAUUCAGGCGCAAGAAAUCGGUGUUUUGCUUUUGCAAUUAGGAAUAGUUAUGUUUGUUAUGCGGUUGCUCCGACCUGGAAUACCGUUGCCCGGGUCGGAGCCAAGGACGCCGACGACUUUUAUUAGCGUUCCGUACAGUGAUUUUUUAAGUAAGAUUAACGGUAACCAGGUGCAGAAAGUGGAAGUGGACGGUGUGCAUAUAAUGUUUAAGGUGAAAAAUGAGGGGGGCAUUCAAGAGAGCGAGGUGAUGACGAGUCAGAAAUUUCAAGACUCCGAGUCAUUGUUGAAAAAUAUGGCACCUAGUAAGAGGAUAGUAUACACCACUACGAGGCCGACUGAUAUCAAGACUCCGUACGAGAAGAUGGUUGAUAAUCAGGUGGAGUUUGGCUCACCAGAUAAGAGGUCCGGUGGGUUCUUGAACUCGGCUUUGAUAGCUUUGUUUUAUGUUGCAGUGCUUGCAGGGCUUCUCCACCGCUUUCCUGUGAGCUUUUCUCAGACCGCUGGUCAGAUUGGUAGCCGCAAGUCUCGGGGUCCUGGUGGUGCUAAAGUUUCCGAGCAAGGGGAAAUGAUCACCUUUGCUGAUGUUGCUGGUGUUGAUGAGGCGAAGGAAGAGCUGGAAGAAAUCGUGGAAUUUUUAAGAAAUCCGGAUAGAUAUAUACGUCUUGGUGCUCGUCCUCCUCGAGGUGUUCUUCUGGUGGGUCUUCCUGGGACAGGCAAGACUCUUUUAGCAAAAGCUGUGGCUGGGGAAGCUGAAGUUCCUUUCAUAAGUUGUUCUGCAAGUGAGUUUGUGGAGUUGUAUGUUGGCAUGGGAGCCUCCCGUGUAAGAGAUCUCUUUGCACGAGCGAAGAAGGAGGCCCCAUCAAUCAUUUUUAUAGAUGAGAUAGAUGCUGUGGCAAAAAGUCGUGAUGGUCGAUUUCGCAUUGUUAGCAACGAUGAGCGAGAACAAACUUUGAAUCAGUUGCUGACUGAGAUGGAUGGAUUUGAUAGCAAUUCUGCUGUAAUUGUUCUUGGAGCAACAAACCGCUCUGAUGUCUUGGACCCUGCACUUCGCCGACCUGGGAGAUUUGAUCGUGUGGUUACGGUGGAGACACCUGAUAGGAUCGGAAGAGAAUCCAUUCUAAAUGUACAUGUUUUCAAGAAGGAACUCCCGCUUGCAAAGGAUGUUCAACUUGGUGAUAUUGCCUCUAUGACUACUGGUUUUACUGGGGCAGACCUUGCAAAUUUGGUAAAUGAAGCUGCUCUGCUUGCUGGAAGACAAAAUAAAGUUGUCGUGGAGAAAGUUGAUUUUAUUCAAGCAGUAGAGCGAGCAAUAGCUAUGGCUUCAGUGCAUACGACAAUGACGACAAUUGUGUGUAAGAAUGGCAACCAUGGUGCUCCUGCCAAGUUUCCAAGUACUUCCUUCUUACCUGGGUUUGAUAUGGUUGGGCGUGUUUCAAGUGCAUGUAAGAAGGAAAUGUGUCCUUCCAUGUCCUCGGGCACUAGAGCCACAUUAACGUUUGAUCCCCCAACAACCGAUUCAGAGAGAAGCAAACAAAGAAAGCACACUGUUGAUCCUGCUUCUCCUGAUUUUCUGCCACUUCCGUCCUUUGAACAAUGUUUUCCCAAGAGCUCCAAGGAAUAUAGGGAAGUUGUUCACGAACAAUCUGGUCAUGUACUUAAAGUUCCCUUUCGACGGGUUCACUUGAGUGGGGAUGAACCAGAUUUUGACACCUAUGACACCAGUGGUCCUCAAAACAUCAGCCCACGUGUUGGACUUCCUAAACUGCGAAAAGACUGGAUUGACAGGCGAGAGAAGUUAGGAGGACCAAGAUACACUCAAAUGUACUAUGCCAAGCAGGGAAUUAUAACUGAGGAAAUGUUGUAUUGUGCUACUCGUGAAAAGCUUGACCCAGAAUUUGUGAGGUCAGAGGUUGCUCGUGGUCGAGCAAUCAUCCCUUCGAACAAGAAACAUUUGGAACUGGAACCAAUGAUAGUUGGAAGAAACUUUUUGGUUAAAGUUAAUGCAAAUAUCGGAAACUCAGCUGUUGCAAGCUCUAUUGAGGAAGAAGUUUAUAAGGUUCAGUGGGCAACCAUGUGGGGUGCCGACACUGUCAUGGAUUUGUCUACAGGCCGCCACAUUCAUGAGACCCGUGAGUGGAUUCUUCGUAACUCUGCUGUGCCAGUAGGAACUGUGCCCAUCUAUCAAGCACUUGAGAAAGUUAAUGGUAUUGCUGAAAAUCUCAGCUGGGAUGUCUUCAGAGACACCCUGAUUGAACAAGCUGAGCAAGGGGUAGAUUACUUCACAAUCCAUGCUGGAGUUCUGUUGAGAUACAUACCUUUAACGGCGAAGCGUAUGACUGGAAUAGUUUCUCGUGGAGGAUCCAUUCAUGCAAAGUGGUGCUUAGCUUAUCACAAGGAGAACUUUGCUUAUGAGCAUUGGGAUGAAAUACUUGACAUUUGUAAUCAAUAUGAUGUGGCUCUAUCGAUAGGUGAUGGACUGAGACCUGGGUCCAUAUAUGACGCCAAUGACACUGCACAGUUUGCUGAGCUUUUAACACAAGGGGAACUGACCCGUCGAGCAUGGGAAAAAGAUGUACAGGUGAUGAAUGAGGGACCUGGACAUAUUCCAAUGCACAAGAUCCCUGAAAACAUGCAAAAACAGCUGGAGUGGUGCAAUGAAGCACCUUUCUACACUCUUGGUCCGCUAACAACAGAUAUAGCUCCUGGUUAUGAUCACAUCACCUCUGCCAUUGGUGCUGCCAACAUCGGGGCUCUUGGCACUGCUCUUCUCUGUUAUGUAACACCAAAAGAACACCUUGGAUUGCCAAAUAGGGAUGAUGUGAAGGCCGGGGUUAUAGCAUAUAAGAUAGCUGCUCAUGCAGCUGAUUUAGCCAAAUGUCACCCACAUGCUCAGGCCUGGGAUGAUGCUUUAAGCAAGGCAAGAUUUGAAUUCCGAUGGAUGGAUCAGUUUGCUUUGUCAUUGGAUCCCAUGACUGCGAUGUCCUUCCAUGAUGAAACCCUGCCAUCAGAAGGCGCAAAAGUGGCGCAUUUUUGCUCCAUGUGUGGGCCUAAGUUUUGCUCGAUGAAGAUAACAGAGGAUGUGCGGAAGUAUGCAGAGGAGCACGGUUAUGGGAAUGCUGAGGAAGCUCUGCAGCAAGGUAUGGAUGCAAUGAGCGCUGAGUUCCUGGCUGCCAAGAAAACUGUUAGUGGGGAACAACAUGGUGAAAUUGGUGGCGAAAUCUAUUUGCCAGCAAGUUAUAUGAAGAAGUCAUCUGAGAGGACCAUAUAGCCAGAGUCGGUCUGAGAUUUACCGGAGCUAGAAGCUUUAUUGGCUUGUUAAUAACAGUCUUUACUAUCAGACUGUAGGUGAGUGCUUAGUUUAGUUUGUCAAGUAACUUUUAAGACACCUAUCUUUGUUCUGCUUGUUUUCGUCAGCCUCUGUAAUAAAAUGCUUCUGCUACAUAUUCUCUCUUCCGCCUUUGAAUCUUUU